AGCGCCGUAUAAUUUAUUUAAGCGAUUUCGUGUUCAAAGUAAAAAACCUUCAGGCUGCUGGGUGAAGCGGGACCUGUCAAUAGCGUUAGCAUUAGCAUCAAGUAUGCUUGCGGCUUGCCGUAGCGUAAAUGAGAAGUGGGCGGGGCGUCUGAAAGUUUGCGGAAGUUUUAUUUUCCUACCGAGAAGUUUUGGAAGACUCGACUUGGAAGACGCGACAAUAUUCUUUAUAGUUGAGUCGUGUUCGUGUUGUGGUGACACUUUGAGUAGAUGGACCUCACCUCCGAGAAGAUAGUGAAAAUCCUGUCCAAGUACAAAUUUCACGAUGUUGCUGUCGAGGAGCUGCAGAAAAUCCACAGAAUCUACCCCAGGAUGGUUCCAUCCGCAGGCACAUACACAUUCAAUGACAACUCGCAGAAAGAUCUCCUAGAAUUAAACGGAAACAUACCCGUCAAGUAUGAAGGUCGCUCCUACAACUUCCCCGUUCAGCUGUGGCUCUUGCCCUCCUUCCCCUUCACUCCUCCUAUUUGCCUCCUGAAACCCACUGAAAGCAUGGUUGUCAGGGAGGGCAAACACGUUGACAACCGGGGACGGAUUUACCUGCCGGGGCUGCACAACUGGGAUUAUCCAAAGUCAACCGUGGUUGGUCUUUUGAAAGAGAUGAGUGCAAAGUUUGAGGAGGAUCCUCCGCUGUCGGCGAAGACCACUGGAGAAAGCAAAGAUCCUCAUGAGCUCCUGACAUUUGUCUCCAACCUCAAGAUCAACGAUGUCGGAUUCAGACACCACGAUCAACCGCCCAACAAAGUUUCGGUUAUCGGAGGAGGAGAUUUAGGAAUGGCGUCGGUGAUGAGCAUUUUAUCUAAGUGUAAAGUGGAUAAACUUGUUUUCAUCGACAUUGCUGAGAGUUCCACGAAGGGCGGCAGCACAGACCUAGAGAUUUUCAAUCUGCCACAUGUGGAAAUAUCCAAGGACUUGGCAGCCUCUGCAGGAUCCAGGGUUGUGGUGGUGACGGCAAACGCGUGGAGUGGCGAGCAGUCGUACCUCAGCGUGGUUCAGACGAACGUGGACUUGUACAGACGAAUAAUCCCACAUCUGGCGCGUCUGAGCCCUCACGCCGUGAUGCUCAUCGCGUCACAACCAGUGGACAUCAUGACCCACGUGGCCUGGAGGCAAAGCGGCCUCCCUCCGACGCAGGUGAUCGGAGCCGGGUGUAACCUGGACUCAGAGAGACUAAGUCACGCCCUGGACAUUAACCUGAACACUCAUAAGCAGGCGUGGGUCAUAGGAGAACUUUCAGACAACAAAGUCGCUGUGAUGAGUAACACUGGCCAGAGCUUCAACGGACAGACGGAGCUCGCAUCAGGAAACGCCACUAAACCUCUCUUAGACAGAGCGUUUGAGCUCAUCAAGAAUCGAGGGCAGCGUUCGUGGUCUGUGGGUCUGUCCGUUGCCGACAUCACGAACAGCGUCUUAACAAACAAGAAGAAAACACACUCGGUCUCCACGCUGGCUCAGGGUUGGGGUGGAAUAGGGGCAGAGGUGUUUCUCAGCCUGCCGUGCAUCAUGGGAUCGAAUGGUUCCACGCGCCUGGCCGGGGUGUCGCUGGGACAGGAAGAAGACUCCAAACUCAAGGACAGCAUCACCUCCCUCUCCAGCCUCAUGAGUCAGAUCAGGUUAUGAAGGAUCGGAGGAGAAGCUGCUCGCUCACAGUUGCUGGACGGUGCCUAUGCAGAAGUUACAUGCAGUUUCCGUUUGGUACUAACACUGAAGUUUUUAAUUUAAGAAAAAUCUAUUAAGCGUAAGACUUUAUUCUCCAUUGCCUUGGGCAUUAUGCACUAAAGCAAUACUGUCAAAUGCAUUUUUUGUAUUUAGACAUAUUUGGUCUCUGAAUGAUCUCAUCUUGCACUAAUGUUUUUUUUUUUUUUUUUUAACUUUUCCACGUGCGCACUCACGGAGUUUCUUAACCAAAGAUGUGUGAUCUAUUUUUCUCUUGGAAAAAAAUCAAGGUGACGGCAGAUAAAUAUAAAGCAUUUAUAUUAUGUGCACUACGGAGGGGAGGGGAGGGGGGGUCACUUCAAAACUGACAGUUUGUAUAGUUUUCACUUUUAAGAUUAUUAUUACACCGAUCAGCCACAACAUUAAAACCAAACUAACGUUAAACAACUUGUGACGAUUCUUCGGUGCUGGGAAACUUUUGGACCUAACAUUCAUUGGUGUGGAUGUUACUUAGACAUGUAGCACCCGCCCCCAUAGCAAUGACACUCCUUGAUGGCAGCCUCACACAGACACACACUAAACGGUUUAGGAACAACUCAAAAAAACAUGAAGAACAGCACAAGGUGUUGACCUGGCCUCCACAUUCAGUAAAUAUCUGUGGGACGAUCUAGAGGCCUGUUUUGGAAGGUGGUCAUAAUGUUAUGCCUGAUCGGUGUAUAUCAAUUAGGAGAACCCUGUAAAUGCCUCUGUGUUCUUUUUGUUUUUCUAUUCGUUUACUCGUUUUAAAAAGACUUAUGAUAUGAAGCAACCUUGGACAAACCUUUAGAAGGACUAAAGGAAUCAGUGGAUGUGCAAUAAAUUUCUGAAAGCA